AUGGCGGAUCCUAUCUCUACCCGAGUCGGCCACGCUAUCGCCAAAGUCUUGCGCAUUGAUCUAGCUCCUGUGCCACCCGGCGAUGAGACGGAUCAGAACGAUGAGACAAUUUACUCUUACUUUGAGCAUGAACCUACGGCUGCCGAUUGGUUCCGUGGUCACACGCCUACCGUACCACAGGUCCGGCGUUACGUUUGGAACAUCUUUCCGUUUCUUCAUUGGAUUGGGCAUUACAAUGUGCAGUGGUUGAUUGGAGACCUGGUGGCAGGUAUUACCGUGGGUGCCGUCGUCAUCCCCCAGGGCAUGGCAUAUGCCGAGCUAGCCAAGCUGCCCCCUGAAUACGGUCUAUACUCUUCUUUCAUGGGUGUUUUGAUCUAUUGGUUCUUUGCAACUUCCAAGGACAUCACCAUUGGACCUGUGGCGGUGAUGUCAACCCUAAUGGGCUCCAUCCUCAUCAGGGUUCAAGCUGCGCAUCCCGAAAUACCAGGCCCAACGAUUGCUUCUGCACUGGCAAUCAUAUGCGGUGCCAUUCUCCUGUUUCUAGGGCUGUUCCGUCUUGGUUUCAUCGUCGACUUCAUUCCACUCCCUGCAAUCACUGCGUUCAUGACCGGCUCGGCUAUCAAUGUCUGCGCCGGUCAAGUGAAGACGGUCCUAGGAGAGAAAGCGAAAUUCUCCACUCGUGGAGCGACCUACAAAAUCAUCAUCGAUACACUCAAGCAUCUCCCGUCUACUCAAAUGGAUGCUUCUAUGGGUCUGACAGCCCUGGUGAUGCUGUACGGCAUCCGGGCUGCGUGUAACUAUGGAACGAGAAAGAAGCCGCAUCGAGCGAAACUCUUCUUCUUCCUAUCAACUUUGCGAACUGCUUUCGUAGUUCUCUUCUACACUAUGAUCAGCGCGGCAGUCAACAUCCACCGACGUGAGCAUCCUGCAUUCAAAUUACUCGGGAACGUGCCGCGCGGUUUCAAAGCUGCCGGCGUUCCAAAGAUCGAUAUCACCAUUAUCAAAGCUUUCGUCAGUGAGCUUCCUGUCGCAUGCAUCGUGCUAUUAAUUGAACAUAUCGCGAUUUCGAAGUCCUUCGGCCGCGUCAACAAUUAUACAAUCGAUCCAUCGCAGGAGUUCAUCGCAAUCGGCGUCUCAAAUCUCCUCGGUCCCUUCCUCGGUGCAUAUCCAGCGACAGGCUCGUUCUCACGAACAGCUAUCAAAGCAAAAUGUGGCGUUCGCACCCCUCUAGCAGGUGUCAUUACUGCGGUCGUCGUUCUUCUCGCCAUCUAUGCCCUACCAGCAUUAUUCUUCUACAUCCCCAAAUCCUCCCUCUCAGCCGUGAUCAUCCAUGCAGUAGGCGACCUCGUCACACCACCCAGCAUAACCUAUCAAUUCUGGCGCGUUGCUCCGCUAGACGCUGUCAUUUUCCUCGUCGGCGUCAUCGUAAUCAUGUUUUCAACCAUUGAAACAGGAAUCUACGUCACAAUCUGCGUCUCCCUCGCCGUGCUCCUAUUCCGUCUCGCUAAAGCCAAAGGUGAAUUCCUCGGCUACAUCCAAGUCCACUCAGUCACCAGCGACAAAGCUCCUGACGAUGGAAACUCCACCACAACCCUCGAGCUAGACCCUACCUCAUCACGCAGACUCUACCUCCCACUCCACAACGGAUCCAUAAACCCCCGUAUCAAAAUCCACCAACCAUCCCCAGGCAUCUUCAUCUACAGAGUCUCCGACGGCUUCAACUAUCCAAACGCCAACCACUACACUGACCAUCUAGUCAGCCACAUCUUCGCAAACACCAGACGCACAGAUCCACAGGCCUGGGAAUCACCCGGCGACAGACCAUGGAACGACCCAGGUCCGACGCGCGCACAGCGAAAGAUCCUACAAGCGGAGAACUCAGACGCACCCGAUACACACCUCCCUAUUCUCAAAGCCGUCAUUCUAGACUUCGCCUCUGUUAACAACGUCGAUGUAACAUCCAUGCAGAACCUCAUCGACGUCCGAAACCAGCUUGACCGCUGGACAUCGCCUGAUCGCGUGCAGUGGCAUUUCGCUCAUGUGAACAGUCGCUGGACGAAGAGGGCUCUUGCUGCUUCUGGGUUUGGGUGGCCUUCGAGGUCGGAUAGUGAGAAGGGUAAGCGUAGGGCUAUCUUUGAUGUUGCGGAGGUUGAUGAGGAUCUUGUUGAAUCAAAUGAGCGGGUUGGAAAGGAGAAGGAUGUUGAGGUUGGUGUUGAGGCGCAGAAUAGUGCUUCUUCGUCUUGUCUUGGGUCGGAGGAGGAUGUUCAGGUCGUGCGGACUCAGAGUAAGAGUGUGGUUGAUGUUCAUCGGAGACGGGGUCGGUCUGGGGUUGGAACUAUGGCUUCUGUGGAUGGGAUAAAUCGGCCUUUUUUCCAUGUCGAUUUGACGAGCGCUUUGAAGAGUGCUAUGGGGGAAUGA